AUGGCGAAGUCAAAGCAGAUCGACUCCAAGACGCCCAGAAAGGAAGACAUCCUCCAUCAGACACUUCCUCCGAAGCUCGCGCGCAAGCAUACCUCCUCUGACAAAGCUACUCCUGCAAAGCGAAAGCGUGUUUCUCAGAAAGAAAAGAGACUUGCUACAGAUAACGCUGAGCCGCCUGUCCGCUAUGUAAAACAAACAGACUACAUCAAUGCCCGUAAGCAACAUUUCGACGAAAAGCGAGCCUCGCGGGAUGAAGCCGCUGACAAGCAAGUUCAAGAUAAUGCUUUCAGAGAUGUAAAGGCUCGGGUUUGCAACGUGGAACGUAGCACACACGACAACCAAGCAAGCACGUCUGAUGGGUCUUCCGAGUCUGAGCCUAUCAUCAAUGACCCUACGCUCAUCCAUGAUCUGGGCCUUUACCGCAACCAGGUAGAACAUACUACUUAUCUAUCAAGGCUUGAGCAUAAGUACGUCGAGCCUCUUAAGGAAGCAUACCCUCCGCUGGACCACUGGGCAUCCGAGAGCCUCGAAGCCACCAGAUACUGGAACGAACGUCGCAGAUACACUCCCCUAAAAGAUGGGCGCGAGUUGCGCUGGAUUCCUGUUCCUGUGAUGCAGCUCGAUCGCUCCAAGAUGACUGUCGUGCGUCCUGAUGAGAGCAUCAUCUUCUACGAUGCAGCAAACCCUGCCAAACCAAUCCUAUGCAUCAUACGAGACUUCGUUCGAGACGAAGAAGUAGUCAAGGCCUUGGGUGUGCUGUCUAUGCGGGCCACGAUCGAGCGACGGGACGUUAGGAGAGACGACCCCGGUUUCAUGGUCAACGUUGGAUAUACAGCUGGGCCAAUAGACAAUAGAGGGUUUGCUACUGCUCAGAACAUGCACAGCAAGAAGAAGGCAGCAAGCGAAGCAGGCAAGCAGCAGGACCUGGAAGAUGGCGGAUGGCUGGCUCUACUAUGGAACAUCAUGCUCAGCAGUCUGCCAAGAGUCAUCACCAAGGACUAUGAUGACUGCAUGGCCAAAUUGGAUGUUCCCAGAAUGGCCACCUUCCAAAAAGACGCAUAUGAAGUCAAGCUGGGAAAAUAUACAUAUCAGUUCACCGAAGGCCACCUCGCGCCCUCCGCCGGGGUCACGGCGUUCAACUACCAAAAGGAAACCCACACAGACAAGAACGCCAACAGGUACAUGAUCUCCUUUACCUGCCACUCCAGCGCCGAUCCCGCCUCGGGCGGCAAUUUCUACCUGGCCAAAUAUGGCAUCCUGGUCGAGCAGGCCUCGAACACCUGCGUCGCGUGGCUGACGAAGGAUGCCCAUGGCACCACCGUGGCGAAUCCUGUGCCUGGGAGGCAGAAUUACGGUGUCUCUUUUGACCUGCCGUUGAAAUUGGCCGCCGCGAAGAAGAAUUCGGAGCGGAAAGAGGCUGGCAAAGUCGAGGAGGGGGCUGGGAAGGAGGAAUGA